AUGCAGUCGACUAUUCUGCGCUCUAGAGUGCCCUUGUCGCGGUGGCAGAAGCUCGCAUGCCGCGUCCCAAGCUCCAACUCGCGUGCCCUCAACACUUACGCCGCAUUCAAGGUCCCUCAGAUCAACAAUGAGCCCAACAAACACUACACCCCAGGAUCCCCAGACCGCAAAGCUCUCGAAGAUGCGUUGGCCUCAUACAAGCAGAAGGCUCCUUUAGCUGUUCCUCUCGUGGUGGCUGGAAAAGAGAUCAAACCCUCUCAAUUGUUGACCCAGAGUAACCCUGCUUCUCAUGCGCCUCUUGCGACCUACUCGAAUGCUUCUAAGGCCGAUAUCGAAGAUGCCAUUGCUGCAGCUCUUGUUGCCCGCAAGUCCUGGGCUGCUACUCCUUUCGCGGAGCGUGCUAGUAUCUUUCUCAAGGCCGCUGAUCUGAUCUCAACCAAAUACCGCUACGAUAUCAUGGCUUUGACAAUGCACGGCCAGGGAAAGAAUGCUUGGCAAGCAGAAAUCGACUCGGCUGCCGAGCUCAUUGACUUCUUCCGCUUUGGCGUCAAGUAUGCCGAGGAGCUCUACUCUCAGCAGCCGGCUCACCACUCACCAGGUGUUUGGAACCGUCUCGAGUACCGUCCUCUGGAAGGUUUCGUCUACGCUGUUAGCCCCUUCAACUUCACUGCGAUCGGUGGCAACUUGGCUGGCGCGCCCGCUUUGAUGGGUAAUGUGGUACUUUGGAAGCCUUCAGCCUCGGCCAUUGCUUCGAACUGGCUUGUGCAUCAGAUUCUUCUGGAGGCUGGCCUGCCUAAGGAUGUCAUUCAGUUUGUGCCUGGUGAUGCCGAGGAAGUCACCAGCACUGUUCUCAACCACCCCGAAUUUGCCGCUCUACACUUCACAGGCAGCACUGAUGUCUUCCGAUCGCUGUAUGGCAAGAUCUCGCAGGGUGUGGCGGAUGGCAAAUACCGCAGCUACCCCCGUAUUGUGGGCGAGACUGGUGGCAAGAACUUCCACUUGGUCCACAAGUCGGCUGAUGUGCGCAAUGCUGUAGUCCAGACCGUCCGUGGUGCUUUCGAGUUCCAGGGCCAGAAGUGCAGCGCCACUUCCCGUGCGUAUGUCGCUUCUUCUAUCGCUGAUGAGUUUGCGAAGCAGUUGGCAGAGGAGGUCAACCAACUUACAGUUGGUGAGCCAACCGAGUUUACCAACUUCUGUGGCCCAGUAAUCCACGAGGCAUCUUUCAACAAGCUCUCCGGUGUUAUUGACGAGGCCAAGAAUGACCCUGAGCUUGAGCUCUUGGCUGGAGGCUCUUACGAUAGCUCCAAGGGCUGGUACAUUCAGCCAACUGUUUACCGUACCUCCAACCCUGAUCACCCUCUGCUCUCUCGCGAGCUGUUCGGUCCUAUCAUCGUUAUCUACUCCUACAACGAUGCCACCGAGGCUGACUUCGUGAAGAUCUGUGAGAAGAUCGAUAGCACUGGUACCUACGGUUUGACCGGUUCCGUGUUCGCGCGUGACCGUGAAGCCGUCCAGAUUGCCGAUGAAGCUCUGCGCAACGCAGCUGGCAACUUCUACAUCAACUGCAAGAGCACCGGUGCCGUUGUUGGUCAGCAGCCAUUCGGCGGUGCUCGUGCUAGCGGUACCAACGACAAGGCCGGUAGCGCUAACCUGUUGUCUCGCUUUGUGAGCUUGCGCUCGGUCAAGGAGGAGUUCAUUCCUACCUACACUGUGGCUUACCCCAGCAACGCCAACUAA